GACAGUUCUCUCUUGUGCCUCGCAAAGAUAAUAAGUUUUCAAUGGGUAUUCGGAUUUCUCAUCCUCAAACGUCUGGGUGCGCCACAAUUGUCGUCCCGGAAUUUAGGAAGUCCAACGAAGAACUCAAUGACUCUGACUACCAGGAUGAUGGCGAGGUUCUUAUGCCAGAAAAGGUUCUGCAAUCUUCGUGGAUCAACAGAAAAAAGAAACGGAGGCGCAACACGACGCAGACGGUUGAGGUGCAAACAGACGAGGUGCAGGAGGACGAACUCGACUGGGACCUUACAGACCUGCAGGACAGGGAGACCCAAACCCUUCCUGACAACCCAACGCCCUUCCAGUUGAACAGAACAGACGCGAUGGUGCAGACAGACUACCGCUACUUCCCUCUCGCCGCGUCAGAAGCCAAUGUCAACCCUGCCCAGCCCGAGCCUAAGAAAACGUUCCGGGAUGCUGAAUCGCAGACGGAACGCACGACGGCAUCAGUCUCUACUCAGACGGAAGAGGAAUUUUUGUUGCCGACAAGAGCAGCUUCCAAGCCUCCAGACCAGCCCCCUUCUGCUGUGCCGGAGUUAGGGGAGCUCAACGACUCAGCAGCGAUUGCGUCGUCGGCAGCUGCGACGAAUGCUGCCAUCACACGCAACGUUAACAACAUUAUCCACAUCACGCCUUAUAAUGUACGGGAAAGCUCAGCUUCAAGUUCUUCUAAAAAUUUCUCCAAAAUGGACCGAAGGAGUUCUUCGAUGGAGUCUUCAGCGCCAUCAGUAGCUGUUUCUUACUCGCCCACUUCCUUACCAUCACUGAUGAAGCAAGGGUCCUUCUUGGCCUCCUCCAGCCCUUCACUCAGCGUUUCCUCCGACGUGGUCACUGCUCCUCUCAGAGCUCCCAAGGAGAACGCAGCUAUCGCACAACGUCCUCGAAAAGAUUCUAUGGCGCUCUGGGAGACGCUUGGUCCAUUCUAUCUUAAUGAUCUUCUGCCAGUGGUGAAAGCCAGUCAAAAGUUCUACAGGAAGAAACGGAAGAUGAUUGACGUGAGCGUCCAAACCGAAACGAAGGGAGACGAAGAGUCUCCGGAAUUCGCGGCGCGGCCACCGCCCAGCCGGAAAGAGGAACUCUUGCGAAAUUUUAACCUCGCGGCACUGGACAACCGAGCGCUGGCAGCGUCCAGUGAGAUCUCAAGAAGCAUCGACCAACUCGUUGGAUUUUUGUGCCCUCCAAGUUACAAUGAUCUGCAGAAGGUGCGGGUUAUAUUCAGAUGGAUCACAAAAAAUAUCAGGUAUGACUGGAAGUUCGUAGAGCGAGCACAGACCGCAGAGCAGGUGCUGCAGACCAGGGCUGGCGUCAGCAAAGACUUCGUAGCGCUGUUCCAGGCGCUGAGCGACAGAGCUGCGGUCAGGACCAGACGUAUCCAGGGAUUUGCCAGGAACAGAGAGUUCCGGGUGGGACGUCGCUUCGACCCGUCCCGAGACGUGUUGCACUUCUGGCUCGUGGUCUUCAUCUUCGAUACAUGGCGCUUUGUAGACCCAACUUACGGAGCAGGUUACACUGACGCACAGGGCAGGUUUCAUGCCGUCCUGCAGGAUCACUUCUUCCUCCCAGACCCCGACGUCUUCAUCUACACACAUUAUCCUUACCAUCCCGAGGACAUCGGAAACUAUUACAGGUGGCAACUGAUGGACGUUCCAAUUUCACUAGAUUUAUUCAAUAGUUUUCCGAUGAUCACUCCUCAUUUCUGGAAAUGUGGUCUGCGGUUCAGAAAACAAAGGACAAGUCCCUUCAUAUUUUCUCAACAUGGAGACCUGCAGCUCGCAUCGUCGGUUUACAUGAGAUAUAAAUAUUCCUUCUAUCCCGCGGACGAGGCCGAGAGUGAUGUGAUGAACCGCUGGGUGUUUGCUUCGUUGAAGGAAGGCGGCGCCGUGGUAACUUUCUCAAUGACUCCUAACACCACAGCGCCUCUCGUCUUGAGAAUUUUAGCUCAACCUGAAGACGAUAUCGAGACGGACGAUACUCCUUUAGGACACGUGGUCUCCUUCCUCGUCAUUUGCACGAAGCCUCGGAAAUACUUCAUCCCCUAUCCCCCUCACGAUGGGGUUUGGGGCGCCAACCCCCGGCUGUACCAGUGCGGUCUGGACCUUGUGAGUGAACCUGGCCCCUUGCUGGUGAGCUGGGGGGGCCGCAAGCACCUCACCUUCGAGAAAGCCUUCGAUGUCCUCCUCAUGUUCCAGUUAUGCGAUAAGGAUGGCAAUAACGUAGAGCUCAAGGGAAUUCUGAAGAAGGAUGAAUCGGCAGAUGAAAUCCACGUGACCAUCAUACCCCCCAGCGUUGGCUACUACAAACUCCUGCUCUACGGCAUUCCCAGGCCCGAGGUUCGCGGUCGCUGGCGUUUGCCGCUGCUGGCCGUGUAUUUGCUGGAAAGUAAGAUGCUUGGACUGCCAGAAGAAGAGAAGAAACGAAGGGAACAAAAGAAGACGGAGAAAUUGAGACUCAAAGUGAGAGCAAGAUAAUGAAGGGCGGACUGAAAACGCAGUACGAUAAUUCGCACAAGCAUACGCAAAUGAAUAUUGCGAUGUUAUUACUCAGUUGAAUUUUAAGGAAGAAAAUGUAAGAUUUGUUGCCUAAUUGUGCUCUAGCGGAAAUUGAUGUUGAUUAUUAAUGAUUCCCUGGAAGUUAUAGUUUCGGAAAUUUUGUUUAGGUAAGAAAAAUUGUUCAAAUUUUAUAGGUCAUGUAAUAAGCUAAGUCAUUAUUGAGAAAUGCUAAUAUAUUCCAAGAAUAAAGUGAGAUUAAGUAAUUGAGUGAAUGAAAUUAAAUUUUAUUAGGAUAUCGUGCAGUACAUUGUCACAAUAGCAUUCAGAGGGGCAUUGCUUGAAGCUUAGUGCGAAGUAGAAAUAUAUUAGGAAGGAAAAUAAUUAAGUAUGUAUAAAAUGUAUAAUUUCCUCUAGAAUAAAAGCAAGAAGAGUUGAAACAGUAAUGUUUACGCGAGAGACACAGAAGCUAUGAGCAUAAAUUGAUUCGUAAGUAAACUAAUACUUUGAAGGAUUGGAUUUGCCUUUGUUUUAUUUCAUAAUUGUUACAGCUAAAUAAUACGUGAAAAUUUCCAAAUUGAUGUCUUCUUCUAAGAGGAAUCAGAAAAAUCCUGGAGACCGCAAGUUGGCUGGGCAUUUGUUAUUGUAUAGUUUUAAUGUACAGUAUAUUUUGUACUUACAUUCAUGAACUUUAUGUACAAAAUUGACUUUUAAUGCAAUUAUAUACUCAAUGUUCAAGAUCAGCUUCGAAUUUGUUAUUAUAUACAGGGAAUUAAUGCGCACUUUUUUCUUAAAAACACAAGUUGGCGUUAGGGGACUCAGGUCAGGGACUCUAAUAUAAAAAAUCCUAGCCAAUCCUACGUUCUCUUAAUCUGGUACAGGGUAAUUAGUUCGUUUUUCAAUCGAGUGAUAUAAUUAUUUGGCAUUUCAUCAAACGAAUAACAUAUAAUAAAUUGUUACAAAUAAUAAUAAAAAUAAUAAUAUA